AUGGCCGAACGCGAGACUAAUUCGAUCAGUUGCCGUGCGCUUGGUAACUUCAAAAUGGAGUUGAACUUUAUAACAACUUUGAUAAAACACGAUGUGAAUCAUAAUGUGAAACAGUGCUUUAAAUCUAAAAAGCCAUUCAUUAGCAGAAAGGAAGAAGUGAUGGCGAUAAAGAGCAAGUUUCCUAAUAAAAUACCCUUAAUAGUCGAGAGAUAUUACAAAGAAAGAAAUCUUCCGACACUGGACAAAUCAAAAUUUUUAGUUCCUGAAGAUAUUACCAUGUCACAGUUUUUAGUUAUAAUACGAAAUAGGAUAAAAAUAAAACCAACCCAAGCUCUCUACUUGAUAAUAAACAAUAAAUCAAUGCUGAGCAUGAGUUUGACAAUGGUCCAAGCUUACGAAAAUUAUGGAGAUGAAGACGGGUUUCUAUACAUCACCUAUGCUUCACAAGAAGUCUUUGGUUAUAAGGAUGAUAUGAACGUAAAAGUGUCCAAUCAGGAGGUUCAAGCAAUAAGACAUAGAUUUCCUAACAAAGUACCGUUAUACGUGGAGCGAUUUGCGAGAGAAAGAGAGGUGCCGACAUUGGCUAGAAAUAAAUUUUUAGUUCCGCAAGAGCUUACAAUGUCCCAGUUCCUUUACAUUAUACGGACAAAAAUGAAACUGCGAGAUACACAGGCUUUAUACUUGUUGGUAAAUGACAAUGUGCUACGCAACAGGUCUUCGGGUGAACAUGACGUACAUACUAUGGAUGGGAGUUAA